AUGUCAUUUGAUAAAUUAUUUCUAAUUUCCUCUAAUGGUCCUCAUGCAUUCCAAAAAUGUUUCAAUAAUAGAACAAUAGGCUCAUUAGGCAUUUGGUUUGGUGAUAAUCCAUUUGAUUUUGUUCUCCCCAUCACAUUGUGCCAAAUCAUUCUAUCCUUCAUGGUUUCUCGAACACUUUAUUAUGUCCUAAGACCUCUACAAACACCCAAAUUCUUAUGUUGUGUCAUUGGUGGUGUUCUAUUAGGGCCAACAGCCAUAGGGCGAAACGUAAGAUUAAUGGAUACAUUGUUUCCACUAAAACAAGCUUCAUUCUUAAUAACAUUGUCAAAAAUAGGAUCAUCCUAUUUUGUCUUCAUCUACGCAUUGAAGUUAGAUGUAAUAAACAACUUGAAAACAGCCAAACGUUGUUGGAGAUUUGGUGUAAUCCCUUACUACUCAUGUUAUUUCGCCACAACAAUUCUCUUAGCUUUGUAUAGACCACCUGAAGAUCAAAACGAAAACAAUACAGGCUCAGUAUAUUCAAUCCCAAACGUCUUCACCAUUUCUAGCUUCGCAGUUGUUUCUGAAGCCUUAACAGAACUCAACCUUAUCAGCACAGAAUUAGGACAAAUCGCUUUAUCUUCGUCAAUGAUUAGCGAAAUCCUCCAAUGGAUUACUAUAACCCUCCAAUUCAGUUCAAAAAUAAACUUUGUACUAUCACUUGGAUUCUUGGCUGGUACUUGCUUAUUUGGUUUAUCCUUCUUUUUCAUUGUAAGACCAAUGGCCAAAUUGAUCAUUCAAAGAACCCCGGUCGGAAAACCGGUGAACGAAACAUGUAUAGUUAUGAUACUUUUGGGUGUUCUAGUUAUGGCAGGCCUAAGCGAUUUAGUUGGUUUACAUUUUGUCAUGGGACCUAUUUUCUUUGGUUUGGUAAUGCCUAAUGGCCCUCCCUUGGCAACAACAAUAAUAGAGAGAAGUGAGUUAAUCAAUCAAGAAUUUCUUAUGCCAUUUUUCUUUUUAUAUGUUGGCAUAAGCACAAAUUUUCGUGGAAUCAACAAACACUGGAAGGUCGCUCUUACAUUUCAAGCUAUCUUAUUUGUUGGAUUCUUGACAAAAGUGAUUGCAUGCGUUCUUGUUUCUCCCACAUAUAACAUGAGACAUAAACAUGGCUUGGUGCUUGGACUUAUAUUGAACAUCAAAGGCAUCCUCGAACUAAUAUUUUUCUCUAGACUCAAAAAACUCAUGGUUAUUGAUGAUGAAGUAUAUAGCCAAAUGGUUCUAUAUGUCGUGUUGAUGACCGGAAUAUGCAUACCCUUGAUAAAGUCUUUGUAUAAACAUCGAUCUCGCGUGUUGAUAGAUAAAAGCAUACAUGAAGGUAGAGAAAGAACAAUCCAAAGCACAUCUAAUAAUUCAGAGCUCAGCAUAAUUUCUUGCGUACACAAUGAAACAAAUGUUCGUAGCAUGAUUGGUUUAUUAGAAGCUUGUAACCCAUCAAAAGGAAGUCCUUUAUAUGUCCACAUUGUUCAUCUCACAGAGUUAUUAGGAAAAAGCACACCGAUUCUGCUACCUAUAAAUAUGAAAAACAAAAUAUCAUUAUCCAUAAAUUACCCUAACAGCAGACACAUUUUACGUGCUUUCGAGAAUUACUCCGAUAAUUCUAAAGGUCCGGUUACAAUUAACGCGUAUAUUAAUGUUUCACCUUACAAUAGUAUGCAUGAAGCCGUUUGUAACCUCGCCGAAGACAAACUAGUUCAUCUCCUCAUCAUUCCAUUUCAUGAAAAUGAUCAAAGUUUAGGUAACAAUGUUGGACCUACAAUUCGCGAGCUCAAUAGUAAUUUUCAAGCUUGCGCGCAAUGUACCGUUGGAAUAUUGGUGGAUAGAUACUCGCAAAUUAGUAUGAGUGCAACCAAUCUAUCGUUUAAUGUUGCUAUAUUUUUUGUUGGUGGACAAGAUGAUCGAGAAGCGUUGGCGUUGGGUAUUCGAAUGUUUGAACGGCCUAAUACAAAUGUUACAUUAUUUUGUUUCAUCAUUCAUAAUAUUAGUGAUAGUACUAAUAAUAAUAAUCGUUCAGGCAUUGUUGAAUAUAAAGUUGAUGAUAAAGACGAUGAAAUAUUCGAGAGUAUGUUGGAUGAGAGUUUGAUAGAUGAGUUUAAGGCUAAGAAAAUUAGUAAUGAUAAUGUUGUUUGUCAUGAGAUUGUGGUGGAUGAUUGUAUACAAAUGUUGGAAGCGAUUCGAGGUUUAGAGAAUGAAGACUAUGAUCUUGUGAUGGUUGGUAAGAGACAUAAUAUUGGUGAUUUGACGGAUGAAGAAAUGUCAAAUUUUAUGGAUAAUGCAAUUUUGUUGGGUGUUUUUGGAGAUAUGUUGGCAUCUACUGAGUUUUGUAAUGGAAAAGUUCCUAUUUUGGUGUUGCAAUGUGGAGAUAAAAGAGUUAAACAAUUUGAGAAGGUAGUGUCUCGUGUUAAUACAUUAUUUUAG